AUGCGCAGAAAUAUCCGUGCGAUACACACUGGUUUUGAUGAUGAUGAAGACGACGAAGAUGAUGAUUACUAUUCCAAAACUCAUCAGUCCCACACAAAUCGACAUGCUUAUUAUGCUCGUCCUGAAGUUCCUGACCAAUUCAAUUCUUCUGAACAAGAUGAUUCUUCUGACUCCAGUUUUUCAUCUUUAAGGAACUUAUCCCAAGUCGGGCAAAGGUCUCCCUUCCCAACAAAACAAAGCCAUCCAAAGUCAACUUUCUCCGUCGCCAUUCAUCCUUCUUCCCAAGCAGCUAAAUUUCACAAGCACCAACAUCCUAAAACCAUUAAGACUCCUCUAAAGUCGGUUUCCAUUGCCCCUUUACAAGCCCAUUCUGAAACAACAAAACCUAUCUCUCCACCAUACGAGGAUGAUUUACUAGAUGACCACUUGCCCUUUCAACGAGUCAAAGAGGAUGCCGAGGAGGAUGACCAAGAUGAGCUCGAUAUCAUUUCCCCUUCCAAGCUGGAGAAAGCUUCUCAUACUCUUUCUCCUCCAAAGUCUGCUAACGAUGAGGACGAUAUCAGCUUACAUGAUUCCAUUAGCAGUCCCCAUUCUGAAGAUGACCAAGACGAGCUUAUUAAAGCAGGGCAAUCUGAGUUCUUAAAAUCCGAUUCUUCUAACGAUUUUAUAGUGUCUUCGCCUCCUAUAAAACGAGGUAGAGGAAGACCUCCUAAAAAAAGGCGUGUCAGUCAGCCUUUACGUAGAAGCUCUCGUGUCCAGACCCGCGGCAGCGUUGGAUCUUCAACUAAGUCCCCUUUAAGCAUUCGCAAUAAACUUCGAAACCGAUCCGCUCGUCCAAAUCACGACUUGGUAGACUUUUCGGAAGAAACAAUUUUCACUCCACCUACCAAAGCCUCGUACCCUCCUUCUCAUGUAACUUCUCUCAAUGCUUUUGCUAGUCUUCCUUUGGGUAUCGGUAAUGAUGAAAAUAUUAAUGAUUCCACGCAUUCAGACUCGGAGUUUUCUUUCGAUGCUAAUGCUACACCAAAGAAAAACGGUAGUCCGAUGACUCCUUCACGUAACGAUGAGAAUGCUGCCUCUUCAAUAUCUCAUCCGUUUGGCCAAGUCGAUCGUAGUACUAUAAAAAAAGAUGAUCCUUUUGCAACUGAAGAAGCAUUAAGCUUUGAUAAUAUUGGUGGCCUUGAGGAUGUAAUUCUUCAACUUAAGGAAAUGGUUUUACUUCCACUUUUGUAUCCAGAGGUUUUUCUGCACUUUCAUAUGACUCCACCAAGAGGUGUUUUAUUUCAUGGUCCCCCUGGAACAGGAAAAACUUUAAUGGCCAGAGCAUUAGCAGCAAAUUGCUCUGUCGGAAACCAGAAAGUCAGUUUCUUCCUUAGGAAAGGUUCUGAUUGUUUAAGCAAAUGGGUCGGCGAGGCUGAACGUCAAUUGCGAUUGUUAUUUGAAGAAGCGAAGAAAGCGCAGCCUAGUAUCAUCUUUUUUGACGAAAUCGAUGGUCUAGCUCCAAUGCGUACCGCUCGCCAGGAUCAAACUCAUAGCUCUAUCGUAUCUACUUUGCUUGCUUUAAUGGAUGGCUUGGAUAGUCGCGGCCAAGUUGUAGUCAUUGGGGCCACCAACAGACCUAACGAUAUUGAUUCAGCUUUAAGAAGACCAGGGAGGUUUGAUCGAGAAUUCUAUUUUUCUUUGCCAAACCAUGAAGCACGCAUGAAAAUACUGAAAGUCCAUACAAAGCAUUGUUCCCCUUAUCUAUCUGAUACAUAUUUGUCAGACCUAGCGACAGCCACCUCUGGUUACGGCGGUGCUGACUUGAAAGCUUUGUGUACUGAGGCAGCGUUGCAUGCUGUACGCAGGUGUUACCCUCAAAUAUAUCACUCCUCCGAAAAAUACGUAAUAUCGCCAAACAAAAUUCAGGUUGACCCUCUUGAUUUCGAACGUGCUUUGGAAAAGCUGAAUGUUUCUACACAAAGAGUCAGCGUAAUUCCAAAAUCUUCUAUUUCUGAUUCUCAUAAACUGCUUUUUAAAGAAACGCUUGAUCUACUUUCGAUGAAAAUAUCGCAUUUACUCAGAUUAGACUCUCUUCCUUCGAACUCAUCGUCUUUUCAAAAUAUAUCGUUGUCGGAAAUCAAAAAACAAAAAGAGAUUUAUUCUUUAAAGAAAACUAUGGUUUAUCGUCCUCGUUUAAUAAUUACCGGUCAUCAAGAUCACGGUCAGUCGUAUUUGAGUACUGACCUAUUUGGAUCUUUAGACGGGAUAUAUGUGCAAUCUCUUGAUAUUUCGAAAUUGUUGGUGGAUUCAGAAGUUUCUCUUAAUUCUGCUCUUAUUAAUAUUUUUGCUUCUGCAAGACAUCAAUCUCCCAGCAUUAUCUUUGUUAACAAUAUUGAGCAAUGGCCAGUUCUAUUUCCACAAAACUUUUUGGACGUUUUCACUUUGCUGUUAAACUCUUUGAUUCCUAUGGAGCCCGUAUUGUUGGUAGGCGUAGCCAAUACCACGUAUAAUGAUUUGCCCGAAGUCGUUCGUUCUUGGUUCCCUCGUAAUUCAUCUGAGCACUUUGAGCUAUUACUGCCAUCAUAUGCUUCCAGAAAAUCUUUCUUUUUGAACAUUUUAAACAAAAUUUUGGCGUUGCCGUUAACGCAUACUAAGUAUACUGGCCCCUCUCAUUGGGAACAGCUACCAAGAGCUCCCGUUUCUCACGAUGUCUUUAAUAUUACUAAGAAUCGUGAAAAACAGGAACGGGUGAAUAAUAGAAGAUUAAAAAACAAACUGAAAAUCAAGUUAUUAUCCAUUAUGGAUUUGCUUCGCUCUCGUUACAAGAAAUUUAAGAAGCCGAUUGUGGAUUUGGACGAAAUUUACCCAGGAGAUGAUGAGACUAGGCCGUCUUUUGAAGUUUCACCUGAAGAAUUUCCGUAUUAUAUAGAAGGCAAUCGUGUUGUACGACGUGAAGACGGUGUCUUCUUCAACAUGAUGAAUUUAGAAGAGGUCGAUCGUCGUAUAUGGUCUGGUUUUUAUUGUACACCUCAGCGAUUCCUUCGUGAUUUGAAAUUAAUUAUGGACGAUGUGAGUCACUUUGGUGAUCUAACAUUGAAAUCAAAGGCCAAGGAGUUGUAUUUAAGCGCAGAACUUAAUUUGGAAGAGAUGAUUGAUCAAGUUUUUAUAUAUGAAUGCCAGGAAAUGGAAGAACGAGAGACUAGACGGAGAAAGGAAAAAUCUUCCAAAGAAGGCCAUGAUGAAAACAAAGACAUGAAUCGAAGACUAAUGAAUGACAAUGCUAAUGCAAAUGACACAACACCCGAAGACAAUAUACGAUAUUCUAGGGACCUAGAAAUCCCCAGCUCUUCUCCUGAAGAUGAAGACGGAAGUGAAGAGAAAGAAUUAAUAAAGCUACAAUUUGAGAAGGAAAAUAUUCCAGUCGCACGAAACUUCUGCGGGCAAGGCUUUCAAAACAACAAGAGCCCCUUAAACCUUUUGAGUAAACCAGUCGAGUCUUCUGGUUGCAGAAAAGAAUCUGAAAUCGUGAAGCGAUUAGCAGAAGAAUUCGCUGAGAGUACUUCCAAUUUAAAGAUGGAAUGGUUGGACCUAAUUUAUUCUAGAUUGUCCAAUGUUAUUUGGGACAAUCAUGAAGGCAUGAACCGAAUACGUAUUUUAACGUUAGUUAAGCAGACGUUUUCCUGUAUAUUAAAAGAGAUCCGUUCGUCAUAUUAA